GUGCGGCACUGAGCGCGAUGGCGGGGAGCGCGUUCUACAUAGCGCCGGAGGUGCUGGCGGCGCAGUACGGCGUGGAGGCGGACAUGUGGAGCGUGGGCGUGGUGCUCUUCAUCCUGCUCUCGGGCCUGCCGCCCUUCUGGGCGCCCUCCGAGGACGGCAUCUUCCAGGCCAUCGCGGCGGGCCACGUGGACAUGAGCGCGGGCGUGUGGGAGGGCGUGUCGGCAGACGCCAAGGACCUCGUGUCGCGCAUGCUCACCCUCGACCCUCGCCACCGCAUCACUCCGUUGCAGGCUCUCAAUCACCGCUGGUUGAAGGAGCACUGUGGCAACCUCACCAGCGUGCCCCCCUCGCUGCCCGCUACGUCCACCUCUGCUGCCAGUACCCCCGAACUUACUCCUAACCCUCCCGUACCACCGACGCCAGCUGCACCAGCAGCACCAUCGGCACCAGCAGAAGCAGACGCAGCAACGGCAGCAGAUGCGACUUCACCAGCCGUUGCUGCAGCUAGUUCAAGCGGCAGCACAGCGGGCGGCAGUACAAGCGCCCCGUCAACCAGCGCGGCGUUGCGCAGCAGUGGCCGCAGCAUUGGCAACAGCGCCAGCAGGCGCAGGCGCGGGGUGGACGGCAGCAGCAGCAGCAGCAGCAGCCGCGUGCUGGCAGGGCUAGGGGGACGGGAGGAUGCCAGCAUAGGCGAGGGCGCAUUGGCGGUGGGGGGGGGCAAGGGGGGGGAUAAGUCUGAGUUGAUGGAGCUGUUGCAGCAGCAGAUGAACAUGAAGAGCAGGGGCCGCGUGGGCAAGAAGAAAGGCAAAGCCUCUGACGCACGCGCAGCAACUGCUGCUGCUUCUGCCUCCGGCAACGGCGGUGCCAGUGGUGGGGGCAGGGAGGGGGCUGGUGGGGCCGGGGGCGUGGGGUUGAUGACGAAGCGCAGCAGUGUGGCGCGCCUAGUAUUCGAGGAAAUGCUCACAGAGGUGGCGGCGGGCAGGGGCAGGCGAGGCGCCGUGGCGUCGUCCAGGCAGAAGGGGGCGGGCGCGCCUGGCAGCGGCAGCGGCAGCGGCGGCGGCGGCGGCGGCGGCGGCAGCAGCAGCUCCAUAGCGCGGUCGCGGUCGUCGGACGUGAGUGCGCUCAUGGGCUUCGCUAAGAGCCCUCACGCCGACCCCCUGGGGUUGCCCGUGCCCGCUGGCGCGUUGCUGCGCGGCAGGCGCACGCUGAGCAGACGGUUUGAGCGAGAGGAGGAGGAGGAGGAGGAGGGAGGCGUGGACGAUGAGGACGAUGGAUGGCGGGCGGCGGAGGAUGACGGGGAGACAGAUGGCACAGGGCAGAGGAAGGUGGGUGAGGGUGUGGGCGAGGGCAGGUCAGAACGGAGUCCGAAGCUGAGCCCUGCUCCGCACAGCCCGCUUGCCCUCGCCACAGCGCGCGUGGGGGAUGGUGGGCGCGAGGCGAGCAGGGAGGCGUGGCGAGUGGAGCGCGAGGGCAGCAGGCGCGUGGAGAAGGGCGAGCUAAUGCAGCUGCUGGCCUCGGUGGAGACGUACAUGGCUGCAGCAGCAGCAGACGUGCCUGCUGCUGCUCCACACACGCCCGCAGCCGCUGCAGCAGCAGCAGGGCAGGUGGGGAAGGGAACUGUACCGCGCGUGUCCAGUGCAGAUGAUGUGACAGGCAAGGCCAAGGCGGGCGGCAAGGCUGGCGAAGGGGAUGCGCGGCAGGGUGUGGGUAGAGGCGCCACUGCGCGAGCCACGCCGCCGCUGCCUGUGGGGCGCGCCAAGACAGACGUGGGGAGCACCGUUCUGGCUGUCACGCCAGCUCCUGCUGCUGCCACUGUGGCGACUGAUGCUGCUGCUGCGGUGGCCGCUGCACCCGGGACAGGGUCAGCAGCAAGUUCAGUGAGAGGGCUGGGUGUGGGAGCGGGGACAUCUGCGGGCGGGGGUGGGGGCGGGGCAGCGAGCGGCAGCAGCAGCGGUCGCUUGUUGCGGCAUCGGUCAGAGGUGGUGGGGCUUAUGAGAGGCGGACCAGACGCUGACAGGGGCGCGCCCACUGGUGCUGCUGCUGGCGCUGGUGGCGGGGCAGAUGCUGGGGGCAGGAGGCCGGGCAGGAAGACAAUGAGCGAGCUGCUGUCGGCUCUGAACGACCUGGAUGGCAUGGCUGCUGGCAGUGCUGCCCUUGGGGGCACUCCUGGCAGCAAGGGCGUGGGGGGCAGGGAGGCACGGGUUGGGGACAAGGAGAAGGAGCAGGGAGGGGAGCAAGGGGGGGACUCUGGCGCUGUGAGUGGUGAGGAGCCUGAGGCGCGGCGUGGUGGCGAGGGGCAGGCAGACAAUGUGGUCCACGCUGCACAGGAGAGUGGCGAGGACGGGGAGAUGGAAGCGUGGGAGUGGGAGGAGAAGGAAAGAAUUCGAGUGCAGGAGGAGAGGGAGCAAGAGACACAGCGACCACUUGAAGCCUUUUCCACCGCAGCAGCAGAAGCAACAGCAACAGCAGCAGCAGCAAUGGCACGGGGCAUGGCAGACCCUAGUGCAGCUGCAGGGAGUGCACCUACGGCGCCGUGGCGUCGCCUGGUGUCCCUGCCCAUCUAUGCGUCGCCCUCCAACCCCACCAGUGCGGCGCCACCCCAGUGGGGGUCGGACAGCAAUGCUGCCAUGGCACCUGCCAGCCCUCUGCUUGGGGCGCCGGGCCCUGCCGCUCACGCCCACGCUGCUCUUGCUCUUACUGACGGCGAUUCUGCAGCUGGCUUCGCCACCCCGUUAGGCGGCAGCCGAGGGCAGAAGCGUGUGGCGCUGCGCUCUCUCUCCACGCACGCGCUGCGCUCCUCCUAUGCUGCCGGCCUCUCUACCCCGCCACCAGCUGUGCCGGCAGCAGCAGCAGGGGCCAGCUGGAAUGCAGAUGGCACCGUUUCUCCGGGGCUAGCAGGGGAGUGGGCGAAGGGCGGCAGCAGCAGGGGUCAGGGGAGAACGGUAGGCGAUUACGCUGGUAGAGCUGCCACUACCCCGCUUGCGGCACCUGUGAGCGGUGGCAAGGGGCCCAUGGGCAAGGGGAAGUGGGUUGCCGGUGCUGGAGGCGCUGGGGCUAGUGCUGCUCGUGGUGGGGUGGCAGCGGGCGCAGGGGAGGCAGGAGAGGAGGGGAACGGGGCGAGGGAGAGUGAGGAGCGCUUGCGGUCGCCUCGCCUGGAUGCAGGCGCGCCCUUCUCCCCCGCCGCCACGCCCACCUGGGGUGCCGCCAGGGCACGCUUCCCCCCAUCCGCCACGGAGCCUGUAAAUCUCCCCCCGCGCUCCCCCCUGCCCCACGCCAAGUCGCUGAGUGGAACCGCUCCCAUGUUCGACCAAUCGCAGCCGUUCGCCUCCCCCCAGCCCUCCCCCAUGCCUGUCUCCCCGCAUCACCACACGGCCGCCUUCCCCCACGCCUUCCCUGUGCAUCCUGACUUCCACUUGCCCAUGCCCGCCCGCCAUGGCCCCACUCCCUCCUUCCCAAAGUCUCCUCGCAGCGAGCCACGCUUGAAGAGCAGUGUCAGCUUUGGGGGCGGUGUGGGGCCGCCGACAGGCUCUGGGGCAGCAGCGCUCCCGGGGGGCCACAUGCGCUCGCCUCUCCAUCGCACUGCAUCCGCCACCGCUGCUGCCGCGCCUCCAUCGUCCUUGGCUGCUGCCCGUGCGCCUGGCAGCAUCACCCUCGCAAAGCCCUACAACCCUCCGCCCUCGGCUGCAGCAGCAGGCAUUGCGGUAGCGGGUUCAUACGACUCAUACGGGUCAGGCACAGGGCUUAUCCCAGACGACCAGGCCUUCUGUCGCCCGCUCUACCCCGCUCCUGACUCCGCCUUCCCGCUCUCGCCCCUCCACCCACACCACCACCCUCACCACGACUAUAACCAUGGGGGGUAUCACCUGCCCGCUGACCCUGGCAGCGGCGCGGGCGAAGGGGGUGGGUACGCCAUGGGGUAUGCGGCGGAAAACGUGAGCUCGUACCGGUCUUUCCAUCGCGGGCAGGCGACGGGGCACAUGGGGCAAGGAGGCGUGCGGUCAUCCCUGGGGCACUCGCGCAGCAUGCAGCAGUAUGAGGCUAUGCCGAGUGGCGAUAUGUAUGCGAGUGGGGAUGCUGUGGAUGAGUACGAGGGCGAACAGCAGUACAUGGCAGGGCGUGCAGGAGAGUACGGUAAUGGGCAGCAGUGGGAAGGCGAGGGCGCGGGUUACCUAUCUCGGAGAUACAGCUUUGAGAACGGGCAAGGGACAUUGUCAGUUGGUGCUAGUGUGGAUGGCGCGUGGAUGUAUAACACAGGGGAAGGGCAUGGUGUUGCAAGAAGGCGGGAUAGGGAUCGACUGGACAAGGGAGGGAGGAGAGAGCGAGAGGUACGCGGAGUGCGAGAGCUGCAGCGCGCAGCAGAGGUGCCGUGCAUGCCUGUUGGCGCCGCCUCUGGCACCAGGGGCAGCGGUAUUGUGGGUGUUGGUGGCAGUGGGAGUGAGAGGGUGCGAUCUGAGAGAAGGAAGCAGCUGCUGCGGCAGAGGUCACAGGACGCCCCUGUGGCUGCAGCACUGGUGAUGGGGGCAGGAAGAGGGGGGCGCAUGAGUGGGGAGAGUGAGGUGCAUGCAGCGCGCAGCAUCAGCCUCAACACCGUGCAAGCCGCCAUGAGCCGGGACACGUCUGCUGGCUCUGCUGACUCGGCGUCGCCCCUGGAGUCGCCGUGCGUGAGCUGGGCAGAAGAUGAGGGGAUGGAGGCGGGUGAUGGCAUGGGCGAGGGCAUUGCGCUGGUGAUGCGGCGCGAAGGCAUGCUGCCCAUGCAGGGAGCGAGGGGGCAGCAGGGGGAGAUGGACAGCGAGGGUAGUGGGAGAAGGGGCGGUGAGAGACCGUCAGGGAGCGAGUGGGAGGAGAGUAUGGAGGGGAGCGAUGACGAGGCGGUACAGGGCGAGGAGGAGGAGGAGGAUGUGUAUAGUGAGUGGAGUGAUGGCGCAGGGUCCAGCUCAGGGUCAGAGGCGGCGUGGGGACGGGAUGAGGUGGAGAGUGACGGGGGUGCGCGAGUGGGCACGGAUGUGUUGGUUGGCAUGCUGAGAGAAAGAAGUGUUUCGAUAAGUGAUUUAGAUAACAGUGGCAAUGAGGGUUCAGAUGGGUGGAGUGCAAGUGAUGGGGAAGGAGUAGACGCUGAGCUGUGGGAGGGCGAGAGGGAGAGUAAGAGGGAGAGGGAUAGUGACCGGGCUAAGUGCAACGGAGACAGAGUGAGGGAGGAUGACAGAGAUUGGGAUGACGAUAGGGAUCGAUACAGAGAGAGGGAUCGAGACAAGGAGAGAGCUAGGCCGAGGGAUCGGGAUCGAGACGGGGCGAGAGACAAAGAACAAGGGAGGAACCGAGACCCGGAGAGAGGCAGGGAGGAUCGAGAGAAAGAAAGAUAUAGGUCCAGGGAAAGUGAAAAGCCAAAGUCGAAGCACAGGGAUAGAAGUCGAGAACGGGACAGCAGGCACUGUGACAGCUCGAGUAGGCACAGGGAGAAGCGGGGAUCAAAGAGCAGAGACACGUAUUCUGAACAGGACAGGCACAGAGAGCAUGGAAAGGAGCGGGCGAGGGAGAGGGAGCGGGCGAGGGAUGGCAAGCAUGGGAGAGGCAGCGAGAGGGAGCGAGAUCGGCAUGAGAGCACAAGGGAGAGCGGAAGGGAGAGGAGCAAAGAGAGACAUGGACACAAGGACAGGGAGAGAAGCAGUGAUCGAGAGAGGAGCCAUGAGCGUGAUGAGGCACGGAGAAAGGAGAAGCGGAAGGAGAGGGAUCAGCAGAGCCGAAGGAAGGAUCCUGAGCAGGCACGCGAGGGCGGUGGGGACAGGGAGAGACGACGGGAACGAGACGGUGGUAAGACAAGAGAGAGACGCCAGGAGAGGUAUGAAGAGAGGGAGUGGGAAGAAGAGCGGGAAGGGAAAUGGGAUAAGGAGGAUGAUAGGGAGCGAAGCAGAGAUCCCGCUGGCACGCCACAAGGUCCCUGGCAGCGGGACGGCCAUGGGCACGUGGAUGUGAAGGACGCGGUGCUGAAGGAGGUUGACCUGAGCCACAUGACCUCGUGCGCGCCGCGCGUCAAAGACGCGGCGGAUUACGAGAGGGAGGAAGACGCGUACUGGGCCGCUGAGUCGCCCAUGGCUGCCGCCCUGGCGUCGUCCAACCCUCCAGUGCAGCCGGACUAUAAGGAGGCCCUGUACGACCUCGCAAAUCACAGCUGGCGCCAACUCGGCGACGUCCACGUCAUCAGCGAGGGAGAUGACGUUAGAGCAAGCGACGAGAAACCCGUUGUGGCGAGCACGCGUUGUCGUGUUGCAGAAGCUCUUAUUCCGGAGCACGGUCACCCGCAGACUCGCCAGUCUUCGCAGCAGCAACCGCGCGGCAGCGUUGGGCUUGCGCCCAUCCGAGGAGUCAUGGCCGCUGGCGUUGCCAGGCUUGACGGGUACGGUGACCCCGAGCCGUGGGUUUGGGGGGAGGCACGAGCCUGUGCGAGUGAGGCGGCUGCUUUAGAGCGCUCUGCAAGGGUCGGAGGCGCGUCGCGCAACACUGUCCAGUGCGGCGCCACGAUCCGUUCUUGCAUCCAACACCAGCCGCCGGUCCUGCACGACCGCCGCUCCUCUGGCGACUUCUCGCUCUUCCACUUCCCCGUGCUGCCCCGUGGAAGCGCCCCUGUUCACGAGGCACCGCCAGUCGAGAGCAACGCUUGCCCUCGCACCCACACUGCUUGGACUGGCAUCGGGUCGGCGGGCGGCGGGGAGAGCGAGUACCGGCUCUUCUCCAGAGGCUCCAAGGGCGGCAGGCCGGGCAUGGCCACGGUUCGCAUGGGAAGGGCAGGAGGAGAAGGCUUCGGGGGGCUGUCUGUGCCCGUGAUGUGA